UAACUUUUAGAUUUCAUAAUUUAUUGUGGGAUUCCCUGCAAAGACUCUAAAUGACUAAAUCCAAAUCAAGGAUAUAUAUAUGAAGAUAUGACACCUAUCAUCUUCUCUUCCAUGAACAUUUUCUCCCUCUUCUUACGUAUCUUUUGAUUAAUGCUAUGAUAUGAUGAUAGUUUUCAAACAUUCAACCAUGAUGCCCUUCUUCUCUUUCACACACUACAAAUCCUUUUGGAGAUCUUCAAUUGCAUUUGCAUUUGCAUUUGCAUUUUUCUUAACCUUUCUCUUGAUUGCAAACUCACUCACUCUCCAAACCCAAUCCACUACAAUCCCAUGCAACAAAGACCCCUACAAGGAACUAAACCUUAUCCCCAACCCAAACGGCACCGUCACGCGCCCCAACAAACCCCCCCAGAGCCCGCCCGCACCGGAUCCCAACCUCAACACCCUCGUACUCUCCAAAGACCUCUCCAUCAACCAAUCAAAAAGCACAUGGGCGAGGGUCUACCUACCCCGCGUAGCACUGGAUCACAGCUCCAAACUCCCGUUAUUGGUUUUCUUCCAUGGUGGCGGCUUCAUUUUCCUCAGUGCGGCCUCAACAAUCUUCCACGAUUUUUGCUUCAACAUGGCAAACGACGUCGUUGCGGUCGUUGCGUCCAUCGAAUACCGUCUCGCACCGGAACACAGACUCCCCGCGGCGUACGAGGAUGCCGUGGAGGCGCUGCAGUGGAUCAAAACCAACCGAGAUGAUUGGCUGACAAACUACGUCGAUUACUCCAACGUUUUUCUCAUGGGGAGUAGUGCCGGGGGAAACAUAGCCUACAACGCGGGUCUACAUGCAGCCGCGGUUGAUGAAAAUCAGAUUCCUAAGAUCCAAGGGCUUAUUUUGGUUCAACCGUUUUUCAGUGGGACCCGCAGGACAGGUUCGGAGCUGAGGUUAGAAAACGAACCGCAUUUAGCGCUGUGUGCUAAUGACGCGUUGUGGGAGUUGUCGUUACCCGUUGGGGUUGACCGUGAUCACGAGUAUUGCAAUCCAACGGCGGGGAAUGGUCCUGCUAGAAUGGGAAUGAUCAAACGGCGUGGAUGGUGGGUGCUGGUUACCGGUUGUGGCGGUGAUCCACUUGUGGAUCGACAGGUGCAGCUUGUGAGGUUGAUGCAAAGGAAGGGAGUGAGAGUUGUGGGGCAUUUCACACCAGGGGAUUAUCAUGGGGUUCAAGAUCGUGAUCCAUUGAAGGCAAGGGAGCUAUAUGGGUGGUGACCGGUGAGUGAAGUGUGUUGCUGAAAAUUGAAGUCUUGUUUUGUGUUUUCCUGGUUCCCGGCUUGAUCUGUCAGAUUAUUAAUUGCAAGCUAUAAACAUUUGAUUGUGUACCUUAUUUUUUCUGAUCAUUAUUGGUUGGUCGUAAUAAAGUACUAAUAUGCUUAUAAUGAAUUAAUCAUGUAUUUGUGUUCAAAAUAAUUUAAACUAUUUUGAAUC